UCCUUGAAGACUCCUCUCGGGGAGAGAGCCGGGGCGACGCGGGGGGGUCGCCCGGAUUCUGGAUCCCGCGCGGACCCUCCGUCUCCUGCCUGCGCCUCCUGGACCUCGUUCCUGGACGAAGCGGUUCCUCUCGCCCGAGGACACGCGAAGCCAGCCAGGAUCCAGCCGCCGUUGGGAAGCGGCCGAGGUGAGCAGCGGGUCCUCCCGCCGCCUGCAAAAGGGGGCUUCUGAUCAGGAGACCGCGGAAAUCUCUCUCCGGGGGGGCUGAGGAUACGCUGGAUGCAUGCCCCCCCCCCCGCCGCCGCCGCUUUUUCUCCAUCGGCUUUCUAAAUCCUCUCCCCGCACGCACGCACACACUUUCCCCUUUGAAUGCCGCUGGCUCCUUUAUUCAUCCCUUUGAUUCCUUCCGACCUCCUUGUAAUUUAUUUUUUUAAACGGGGGGUGCCAAUGGUGCUGGGGGCGUUCACGUCCAACAUCUGGCGCGCACUCUCCUCUUUUUCCCUUUUGGGGGUUUGCAGCCCUUCUGCGGCUCCUCUCCUAAAUUAGCCCCCGCCUCCAAAGUGGACUUUAUCCCAGCCCGCGAUGCUUCUGCCGGCGACCCAUCGCUUUUAAAAGACGUCGCCGCCGCCGCCGUUCAUGCUCUGCCUGUCUAUGUGCAUUUUGGGGUUCUUCUCUGCAGUUUUUUUGGUGUGUGUUUUUUAAACCGUGUGACAUGAGGACCACUGGCUUCUCCAAAGCGCCUUUCUUUCCCUCCGGACCUUGAUGCUUGCCCUAGAUCGGAGAGAUUUUUUUCUGGGGGAAAGCCAAACUGACCCCCGCUCCCUUGGAGAGAGAAAAAGAAUCACAUACAGUAUUGAAAGCCCCCCAGGCCCGGCUGGAUCGCCUUGAUUGUGACCGGUGAAAAACCUCGACGCACGCAGCAAGCCCGGGCACUUGGAGACCGCGCGCCAUCCCGAGCGGAGGGUCGCCGUCCGAGCCAUGAAGAUGCUGCUGGUGCGGCGGUUCCGGGUGCUGAUCCUGAUGGUCUUCCUCCUCGCCUGCACCAUGCACAUCAUGAUCGACCUCCUGCCCAAGCUGGAGAAGCGGGCGGCGGGCAGCGAGGGCGGCGGCGGCAGCGGAGGAGGAGGAGGAGGCAGCGGCGGCGGCGGCGGCCCGGGUUGCUCCUGUGCGCACGCCGGCCAGCCGGGCGCCGAGGAGGCCAAGGGCGGCCCGGAGGCGGCGGCUGCGGCGGCAGGCUGGCCUAGCAAGCACACGCUGCGGAUCCUGCAGGACUUCAGCAGCGAGCCCAGCUCCAACCUCAGCUCGCUGGAGAAGGCGGCCGAGGAGAGGAAGAAGGCGCAGGAAGCCGCCGCCGCCAAGCGCUGGCCGCCCCGGCCGCCGCCUCAGGAGCCGCUGGAUCGGAACCACAAGGCGCUCAUCCCCCCGGACAGGCUGGGCGGCAAGAGCCCGCCGCCGCCGCCCCGGCCCCAGCAGCAGCCUUCGGCGUCCGGGGGCGAGGCGGCGGCGGCGAGUUCCCGGCUGGCGGCCCUCUACGCGCACCCGCUGUACAGGGCGGCCCUGCCGGCGCUGGGCGAGCAGGACGCCCUCUUCAACGUCAACAGCGACAUCCGAUUCAACCCCAAAGCGGCGGAGAACCAGGACUGGCAAAACGAAGGCAACGAAGAUGAAGAUUUCCUACCCACGGGAGAGGCGUCGAUUGAUUCCUAUCCAAACUGGCUCAAGUUCCACAUUGGCAUCAACCGAUACGAACUCUAUUCCAGACACAACCCGGCCAUCGGGGCCUUGCUGCAGGAUCUGGCCUCUCAGAAAAUCACAAGCGUCGCAAUGAAGUCGGGAGGAACCCAGCUCAAACUGAUCAUGACAUUCCAGAACUACGGCCAAGCCCUGUUUAAGCCAAUGAAACAAACAAGAGAGCAGGAGACACCACCGGAUUUCUUUUAUUUCUCCGACUAUGAAAGGCAUAAUGCUGAAAUUGCAGCAUUUCAUCUGGACAGAAUCCUCGAUUUCCGUCGUGUACCACCAGUUGCAGGUAGACUGGUUAACAUGACCAGAGAAAUAAGGGAUGUUACUCGUGACAAGAAACUGUGGAGGACUUUUUUCAUCUCACCAGCCAACAACAUCUGCUUCUAUGGGGAGUGCUCUUACUACUGUUCAACGGAGCAUGCCCUGUGCGGCAAACCGGACCAGAUCGAAGGCUCCCUCGCUGCAUUCCUACCAGACCUGUCUUUAGCGAAAAGAAAAACGUGGAGGAAUCCGUGGAGACGCUCCUACCACAAACGCAAGAAAGCCGAGUGGGAGGUUGAUCCAGACUAUUGUGAAGAGGUCAAACAAACGCCACCUUACGACAGGGGGACCCGAGUACUAGAUAUCAUGGAUAUGACCAUUUUUGACUUCCUCAUGGGCAACAUGGAUCGACAUCACUACGAAACCUUUGAGAAGUUUGGAAAUGAAACGUUUAUUAUCCACUUGGACAACGGAAGAGGGUUUGGUAAAUAUUCCCACGACGAACUUUCCAUCUUGGUGCCUUUAAACCAGUGUUGCAAAAUAAGGAAGUCCACCUAUCUGCGGUUACAGUUACUAGCCAAGGAAGAGUACAAACUGAGCCACCUGAUGGAGGAAUCCUUGCUGAAUGACAGAAUUGCGCCCAUCUUGUACAAGCUGCAUCUCGAAGCCAUGGACCGUAGGCUCCGGAUAGUUCUGAAGGCCGUCAGUGACUGUAUAGAGAAAGAUGGCUACGAUAGCGUGGUGGAAAAUGACUUUCUCGCCGACAUCAACACGCUGGCGACCAAGAGGUAGUGACAUCAGAGGACCGCUUUUUCCGAGCUUUGUAAGAAGGAUGCAGCAGCCGAAAACAGUCUCGCGGAAGACUGUGUGAUGCCACUUUGCGAAUUCAGUGAAUUCAGAAAUGUGAUUAUAAUUGUUCUCAAAGUAGCUAAGGCAUAGACUCUGCAAAGGAUUAGGCUGAGGGGUGGGGAAGCUUGUAGCCUCUGGGGGCUCAUGUGGCCAGCUGAACCAAUGGUUGUUGCUCUUGGGGAGUACCCCUGUUUUCAACGGCUGUGACCCAUCAAGGAUUUCAUGGUCUUCAUAGAGCUUUUGGCUCCAAAUCAUUUCCUCCAAUGACAGCAUUGGAUUACACAUUGUGGGUGGAGCUUCUGGCAAGCCCCGCCCAAUGAGAUGUUAACUGUAGUUCCUGCAGUGAGUAAGUGUGUGGACAAUCCCUCUCCUUCCUACACACACACACACGCACACAUACACUGCACGUGGGCGGAGCUUACCCCCCCACAUGGGGAAGGGUGGGCAAUCCAUCAAGAUGGAAAUAUCAGGUUGGACCAGGGUUGUCUAUCCCUGGAGUAAGUCACACUUGGAAAUUAAUUAAUUAAUCGCACUAAAUUAAUUAAUGGUCACACCUGGAAAUGAAUUCCCCAAACAGGAUUUGGAUUUUAUAUAUAUAUAUGAAAUCACUAAGGAAUGACACUUGUCUGCUGGCAAAAUGCACCUCUUCCCUUUCUUUUGUUUUGUUUUGUACAGAAAGCAGAUCUUUAUUUAAUAUUUUGUAUUUAUAUGUGCGAUAGCAAUGUUACACAUGCAUACCAAAUGCUACGGGAGGUGGGGAGAAACUGGGUCAUAUCUUGCAACUCAGGAGGGAAAUCUGUAUAGAACCAGUCUAUACUGGGACUGUACCACUUCGGAAUGUAGAGGGGGAUGGAUCUCACAUUUGGAUGUCCCACCACUUCAAUACAACAUGCAUAUAAAAAUCUUGCAUGCCAGGGAGAAAGCUAGCCUAGAAAUAUUCUCCUUGACAUACUAAUUUUCAGUACUAGAUUUCAGUACAUACAAUGUACAUAUUAAAGGAAAGGCAUGUGGUAUGGUCCUUUCCAGGACUGAACCAUUCUGGGAUACAGGCUGGAGAAUGCUUUCACCAUGCCAGACUCCUUCAGCAGAAAAUAAAUUUGGCAUGGCAAAAGCAUUCUCCCACCUGUAUCCCAAAAUGGUUCAGUCCUGGAAAGGAUCAUACCACGUGCCUUUUCUUCAAUAUGCACAUCAUCCCUUAGUUUCUUGAGUUAACGUUCGAGCUUUUCUUUCUUUCUUUCUUUCUUUCUUUCUUUCUUUCUUUCUUUCUUUCUUAAAUUGCUUCUCCCCAUCCCAACCCUCACGCACACCUCCUCAACAUUUUAAGGAUGAAAACAUCUCAAGCGGUUUGCAAAGCAAAAGCAAACAAUCAAAACACAAAAUAUCCAAACCCAGACACACGAAGUUACAGCAACAUCGUCGGAAAAGGAUUUUGAUAAUUGGGUGCGUUGACAGGAAUACUUGAAUGUGGUUUUACAAAGUGAUGUUUUAAAAAAAAAAAAUAAUGACAAAUUGUACUAUUUAUCCACAAGAAAGUCGCAGCUCUUCUCUUUCUAGACCGUCUUAGCUGGGCUGCUGCUUUCCCGACUUUGCUUUUGAUAGUUUUCAUGUAAAUAUACAAGUUUAAGAAAAGGAGAAAAACAAAACAAAAAAAAAGCUGCUUUCGACAGCGAUAGACUUCCUUUUUGCAGCAAUUUGUGUGUAUGUGUGUGUGUGUGUGGAUUUGUUUGAAAUGUGGUUCCCAGUGCAAUAAAGAUAUGGCAAACGUGUA